AAGUUUUAAAACUGUUUCAUCAUUUAAAGAUAGAUUCAAGUCAAGAUUUUGCCAAUUUAGGAGUAUUUUAGAUAAAAAGUUAAUUAGGUUCGCUACAACAGAGCCUUCUGGAGAAGUCUACUGCUUUAAGAUGGCGGCUGUUUACUAAUGCCGGCAAGUCUGUCAUUUCGCAUCUAGUUCUACAUGUAUGUGAUAUCUACCAUAGCCGUAUUUGGUUGUAUGUUUGUACCAACUACCAACUGGGCAUUGUUUGUAGCAGCUGUUGGCCGCAGUCAGGUAUUAUUGUUUUUUUAUGAGUUGAGGCAUGAGUUGAACAUGAUAUUUACUCUCGGUCCGUACCUCAUUGCAUCCUGAAGACCGCACUAACUGUGUUUUACUUCCGCUUUACCAGGCAUAAUUCAAUAAUUGGGAUUUGGAUGUUUGUGAAUCUUUUUCGAAUAUUACGAGGCGGAAUUGCGAAUAAUCCAAGAAUCAGAAAUUUCCCUCUACUUGUCUGUAGUCUAGUCACUUCCCGGCUCGAUUACUGUAACUCACACGGUCUCCCAAAUAAGUCCCUCCAGAAACUGCAGCUCCUCCAAAACUCAGCAGCACGCCUCAUCACUUAGACCCCACCACACACCACAUCACUUCCAUCCUCCAUCAUCUUCACAGGCUCCCAGUAAAACUAAGAAUCAAUUACAAGAUCCUUGUAAUUACCUAAAUAAUUAAAUUAAAUUAAAACACUCCAUUGCCUAGCCCCUCCCUACCUAUGCAAUUUCCUCUGUAUAACCUGUCCACCCCGUUCACUUCGCUCCUCCUCUAUCCUCCACCUUUCAGUCCCCUGUGUCCGUCUCGCCAUCUUGAGUUCCAGAGCUUUUAGUCACUGUGCCCCCCAGGUCUGGAACUCUCUACCCCUCGAUCUUCGCAAUAUAUACACCGUCUCACUUUUCAAAUCCAGACUCAAAAUACAACUGUUUACACUUUCUUACCCACCAUGAUCGUUAUCUCGGUUUUAUCCUGACCUCUUAAACUUUUAAUUUACUCUUAUCCUGCUUUUAAUCUAAUUUUAUGAUCGUUUUGUUAUUCCUGUUGAGCUAUUGUGUUCCCAUCUUUCUUGUGAAGCGUCUUUGCGUGUCUUGAAAAGUGCUCUAGAAAUAUUAUUACAUUAUUAUUCCAAUUAGGGCUUCGACACACACUUACAAAAAUUGCAACUUUGCAACCUUUUGCUUUAAAAGCAGAACAACGAAAAUAUCCCCACUGUGCUCCCCCAAUUAUAGCUCAGGACUCAUUAUAUUCUUAUACACUGGCUGGGAGCUAUAUUCCUGGUUUCCUAUUGAUUAGUUAUGCCUGGCUGCUGUUAUGUGCAGAUGACCAGGGAAGCCCCCAAUUGGCCAGUAGAGGAAGAGAGAGAGCGUGUGUAAGAAAUGUAGAGAAGGGGACAGAGGCUUAGAGCAAGAGGGAGCGAGCACAGACAUGGGAGCAGCUGAGAAGAUAUAGCAUUUCCAUAGAAGUGUGAUAAUAUAAAGUGUUUAAUAUAAAGACUAGAUGACCAGUACUGAUUUUUAUUUAGUUAUUUUUUAAAAGUUCUAACUAUAUUUUCGCUGGGUUAAACUUGGAAAGCUUCUUUAGCUAUGGCUUCUUUUCUUCCUUUCUGGAAUAUAAAUUGACACCAUCACCAAUGGAAUGACUGGGAUUUCAAAAAAUUAAAAGUGAAGUAUGUUUCAACAACUUGCUGACGUCGGAUAAUAUGCCUUACCUGAGAGACUGAUAACUGGAGCACCGUCUAUUUGUGGAAAUUCAAAGACAAAUCUUUCUUUGGAGUACAGGACCUGACUAAAAUUCUUUUGUAGAUUUGUCCGUUUUGUUUUAAGGCAUAACUGCAGUUUCACACUUCUAUGUUUCUUACUGCUAUCUUUUUUUGAUCUUUUUCCUUUUUAACCUGUAAUACACAAAUAUGUGAGAUAGUUCUACUCCUGUAGGGAAACGCUUAAGAGGGUGAAAUGUCACAUUAAAAUACAAUACCUUGCGUUGUAAAAGUUAAAUUCAUGUUGUUGUCAAAGCGACAAACAUGGGAAGAGUCCCCACACUUGUGGACUUCUAUGAUCUUAAUGGACUGAGACAAAUGAACAAGAAAAGAGGAAAUCCAAUCCAACAUUGCGCAGUGAUUUCCGUUGUUCUUUGACGACAUGACCUACAUUAUGUAGACACAAGAGAUUUUGAACAGCUACUGUUUUGUCAUCUCUGUAAAAGUGGAGAUGCAUUAAGAUAAGUCAAAGAAGACUGGACUACCUCAUACUCUGUUGUUAUUAUUUACAUUUCUGCAGCUAUGACUACUUACUUCCAUAACCAUGAAUUCUGUUGUAGCCCGAAAAAGCCCAGCAGCGGCUCCUCUAAGAGUAAAUCUGGUAAAGGGAAGGGAAAGUCCAGCAAGAGCCACAAUCAUUCCAAGCAUAGUCAGAAAUUACUGCAAGUACAAGCAAAUCAAUUGCAGCGUUCCCCGUUACACUCACCAAAGCACAAUGCUCAUUUGCCAAAACAAGGAUGUCAUUCGCCCAAGCGUCUUCUUCCUUCGCCUUCUCCUAGCUAUUACCACAUAGCCCCACCAUCUCCAAGUAAUCAGCUAGCUCCACCAUUACAGAACUACCAGCUGGCUCCGCAAUCACCAAGUCAUUUACUCCACUCGGCAAGCCACCAUCAGUUCUACCUCUCGCCAAGCCAUCACCAGCUGCAGCAUUUCUCUCACAACCAGCAACAGUUUCAGCCUCCAGCCUCUGGUGGUCGCCCACUCUCCACACCAUCAUCACAUCAACUCUAUCACCAGCAUCAGCCGUCACAGCCACAAACCCACUUAAACAGUCAGAAUUCCUUGUUUCAACAGUGCCAACACAGUUAUAUUCCUCCUCUGCCACACUGCUCACAAUCUCUUUCCAUCCAUCCAUUCCACUCGCCACAGACUCCACUGUGUUCAGCACUGGCUGGUUAUGGGUGGAACACAUUGCCCACACACCUGGCCAACAGGGCCACGCGAGGAAAUUUCCCAAACUUGAGAGACAAUGUGGCAAAAAGUCCAACGAAAAGCAAAACCAAAGCAAAGGCUUGGAGCAGACCAUGGCCAAAUGAUUCCUAUAUGUGGAAUUCACACUCUAUGGAACCACCCAUUCAAGUACACAACUUUCCACAAAUACAAGCCCAUGUGCAGGCCAACCCCCCUCCAUUGGUGGUCAACACAGACAGUGUCGACACCCCCCCAUAUGUAAAUGGAACAGAAGCAGACUAUGAAUAUGAGGAAAUCACAUUGGAGCGGGGUAACUCAGGUUUGGGCUUCAGUAUUGCUGGAGGGACUGAUAAUCCCCAUAUUGGAGAUGAUCCGUCCAUCUUCAUCACCAAGAUUAUUCCUGGAGGGGCCGCAGCCCAGAAUGGACGACUUAAGGUGAAUGACUCCAUAGUCCGAGUAAAUGAGACGGACGUCAGGGAAGUGACCCACAGUGGGGCGGUGGAGGCACUGAAGGAUGCCGGAGGUCUCGUCAGACUGUGUGUCCGACGCAAGAAGAGCCUUACUGAUAAAAUAUUGGAUAUCAAGCUUGUGAAGGGUCCAAAAGGUCUCGGAUUUAGUAUAGCUGGUGGAGUUGGAAAUCAACAUGUUCCAGGUGACAACAGCAUUUAUGUGACAAAGAUCAUUGACGGCGGGGCUGCACAAAAAGAUGGACGGCUACAGAUAGGGGACAAACUUGUUGCUGUAAAUGCCUCUUGUUUAGAAGAGGUUACUCAUGAGGAAGCAGUUGCAGCUCUCAAGUCAACCCCGGAUGUUGUUUAUCUACGCGUGGCCAAACACACCUCUCUCUUCAUCAAUGAAACGUUUCCACCUCCUGAUGUCACAAAUUCCUACGUCCCACAUCAGGACAAUCACAUAAGCCCCUACAUGAGUGGGAGCCAGUCUGUUAGCCCUGCCCCACUGACCACGCCCAGAUACUCGCCAAUGCCCAGGUCCAUGACUACAGAUGAAGAUUUCCCAAGGGAGCCGAGGCGCGUGAUGCUCCAGCGAGGUUCUACAGGUCUUGGUUUCAACAUUGUUGGGGGGGAGGAUGGAGAGGGAAUCUUCAUCUCCUUCAUACUGGCUGGUGGUCCAGCUGAUCUUUGUGGCGAACUCCAUAAGGGUGACCGGAUCCUCUCGGUGAAUGGUGUGGACUUGUCUACUGCGACACAUGAGCAGGCUGCUGCAGCUUUGAAGAACGCAGGACAAACUGUCACCAUUGUAGCACAGUACAGACCUGAAGAAUACAGUCGUUUCGAGGCGAAGAUUCAUGACCUGAGGGAACAGAUGAUGACCAGCAGUGUCAGUUCCAGCUCCACGUCGCUCAGAUCCACCCAAAAACGGACCCUUUAUGUCAGAGCGCUAUUUGACUAUGACGGAAGUGCAUCAGACGUGAGCACCACAAACCAGGCUCUGCCCUUCCGCUUUGGAGACAUCCUCCAUGUGAGCAGUGCUGGUGAAGAAGAGUGGUGGCCUGCACGUCACCUCAGCCCCCCACCCCAAAACUGCCCAGAGGUUGGAGUCAUCCCCAGCCGGAGAAGGGCAGAGAAAAAGGAGAGGUCCAGGUUAAAGACAGUCUACGUGUCGAGGACUCAGGAUAGAUCGGAUCAAGAUGAAAGGGAGCUGGUAACCUCUGGCACCAGUGAGAGUGAGAGUGCUCCUUCUGGCCAAGAAGAGACACUCCUAACCUACCAGGCAGUUAUACAGCAAGAAGUGAAUUACACAAGACCUGUUAUCGUGCUUGGACCAAUGAAAGACCGAGUCAACGAUGAUCUCAUCUCUGAGUUUCCAGAAAAAUUUGGCUCAUGCGUCCCACACACAACUCGGCCACGGCGGGACUAUGAAGUGGACGGCAGAGAUUAUCACUUUAUGGCCUCCAGAGAGCUAAUGGAGCGAGAGAUCCAAGAGCAUAAAUUCAUCGAGGCGGGACAGUAUAACAAUCACUUGUAUGGAACGAGCAUACAGUCUGUUCGAGAAGUCGCUGACAAGGGUAAACACUGUAUACUGGAUGUAUCAGGGAACGCCAUAAAGCGCCUGCAGCUCGCAGGCCUUUAUCCCAUCGCCAUCUUCAUUAGGCCACGCAAUGUUGACAACAUCCUAGAGAUGAAUAAACGUUUUACAGAAGAUCAGGCAAGGAAGUCGUACGACAGAGCUGUCAAACUGGAGCAAGAGUUCACAGAAUAUUUCACUGCUUUUGUCCAUGGUUCCUCUCUUGAAGAAGUGUAUUCACAGGUGAAGCAAAUAAUUGAGGAGCAAUCAGGUCCUUACAUCUGGGUGCCCACUAAGGAGCGGCUCUAAAUCAACACUGCUCAUACUACAUGUAUGUUCACGCCAAAUUUGGCAGCACAACACAGCUCGUAUUUCUCUCUUCUCCAUACAUACAGCACCUCCAUGUUCUCUCUUGUACACACACAUAGCGCUAGUUGAGGCUGAGACUGAUCUGGAGAUUGGGAACCCACACUUCCUGAGGGGGGAGGAGAUUAUGUCUUUCCAGCAGCCCACUGGUGAAUCUUCCAACAGCUGAGUUCCUUAAUGUUUAAGGACGUGGAUCAAAUCAAGAAAACAUUUACCAUUAUCUGAUUUAUUGAUUUCAUUAUUGUUCUAAUGCCUGUUGUUAUUGUUGUUGUUGUUUUCAUAUUAACAAAUGGUAAUGCAUCCACAUACAGUAUGGGUUUGUAAUAAUAUGGUCACCAAGCAGCAGACUUUUGCACGCUGUAGCUUUAAGAGCAUGUUUUGGAGGAAAGAAAAUCUUGAUCCUCUUACCCAAUUGUGUCUGUCAUUCCUCAUAGCAUCGCUCCACUUUAUAUUUCAUUCACCUUUUUCUCUUAUCCCACCACUUCUCAGCCAGAAUGCCUCAAAUUUUAAAUAUAAGAUGAUGGUUUAAAUAUGCCCUGGCAUGUUGCAAUGAAGGAGCAGAGAUAUUUAUGUAGUACUGUACAAAUACAGCUUAGAAAUGUAGCAAAUGUUAUUUAAAAACACAAAUAUUAUGACACAUAGGUAGGGUUUAAUUAAUUUGUCCAUGAAAUGCAGAAAGUGCUAAAAAGAAAUUAGGUAAGAAUAUCCCAUCUGAAUUUGGGCAAGAUGCUCGUUGCUGGAUAUACCUAGGACUGGUCGCCAGUUAAUCAAACACGUUUUAUUCACAGCUAUGGUCAAUUUAGAGUCGUAAAUUUCCAUAUUUUCAUUAUUAAAAAAGAAAUGGAGCAAACUGACAAACCUAUUGUCUUGAGUCUUUUAAUCCCAUGACUGCAUAUCUGCCUUAUCUGUUCAUUUUCAGCUUCAUUAGCUAAAUUUACAGUCUCAUUAUGCCGGUAUAAAGUAAGGCUGCAGUGAUAGGCCGCUGUAGAUAACUUUCUCUGGAGAAAAAAAAAGUCGUAUUCUUAGUGAUGAAUACUAUAAAUAAAUAAUUACAUUGAAUUAAUAUACUCCAGUCUACACGACCGACACGUGAUGAUGUAAUCUAUAUUUUUCUGGGGAAAUGUUAUGAUUAUGUAGGGAUGUAAUUUUAAUAUGAUUCCAUUCUUGAACUGUGUGGUCUGUAAAAUAUAAAGUGAACAGUAAUUGAAAGAAAAUAUUCCGUAUUUUUCGGACUAUAAAUCGCACCUGAGUAUAAGUCGCACCAGCCAUAAAAUGCCCAACGAA